AUGCUGGCAUGGCCCGACCUAAUUUCAAUGAUCGCUUCCGCGCGCCCUUUGGCUUGUUUCUCCAGGUUUUUUCCGGGGUUUCUUGUUGCUCCAAUGCAUGUUUUGACGAUCCCCGCUUUGUCAGACAAUUAUAUGUACUUACUAAUCGAUGAAAAGACAAAGCAAUGUGCGGCGGUUGAUCCGGUGGAGCCCCCUAAAAUCCUAACUGAAGUGAAGAAACGAGGUUUGACAUUGUCAUGCGUCCUUACCACGCACCAUCAUUGGGAUCACGCCGGAGGCAACUCGCAGCUCCUGAAAUCCUUACCCACCCCCAUACCUGUUUAUGGUGGUGGUAGAAGCGUGGAGGCUGUUAGCAAGCAGGUUGCACACGGCGACCAAAUUACCCUAGGUAGUGACAUCACAGUGACAUGCUUACAUACGCCCUGCCACACCAAAGAUCAUAUCUGCUAUUACGCUACUGAAACCGAGCAACCUGAUGGCUGCGUUUUCACAGGUGAUACGCUCUUUCUUGGUGGUUGUGGCAGAUUUUUUGAGGGCAAUGCUCAACAGAUGUAUCACGCUCUCUUGGAGGUUCUCGGUGAGCUCCCAGGCUCGACCAAGGUUUAUUGUGGUCACGAGUACACCAUGAAGAACUUUGAGUUUGCCAAGUCGGUAGACGCCUGUAAUGCAGCUCUCGUGGAGCGAAUGGAGGCCUGUGCGAAGUUGCGUGCUGACCGACAACCGACAGUACCGGGUACGAUAGCAGAGGAGCUUGCCACUAAUCCCUUCAUGCGAGUCGUCGACCCGGAUCUUCAGAAGCGUGUCAAAGCGAAGGAUGCCAUUGACGCAAUGGGCAUUAUUCGUCGCAGUAAAGAUGCCUUCUAG